AUGCCGGACAAGACGGUCGAAACACCGUUCCCGCUCAUCGACGCGGACCCCCAUGCUGGCCGUGUUAUUCGCUACAUGCGCCCAUCUGACUACGCGACAUGGGCGGGGAUGACCGCCGCCUUCCCGGGCCUACUGUAUGCUUGGGACAAGUGGGAGCCCAGCGGGCAUAAAUUGAAGGGUGCUCUCCGCCUUGGUGGGGUAUUUGGCUUCGUAGGCGGGUUCCUCAUGGCUUACCAACGUUCAAGUUUGCGUUUCUGGGGCUGGACUGAGAACAAGCGCGAGCAAGAGAAGGACUUCGAGGAAUUGUCCGACCGUGCCAAGCGUGGCCUCCCUCUGUACGGCCACUCCGACCAGCCGGAAUGGGUGCAGGGCGUUGCGUACCGCAACUCUGUCUUCUCUGCGCUCAAGUUCUCCGCCUUCCCCAUGAUCAACUUGGUCCAGCAUCAGCACCAUGGUACAGACGAGGCGAAGUACAAGCCGACGGAAGAGUCUUCGUAG